AUGGAGAACUUCAUGACACUCUUCGACGAUAGAAAGGAUAACAUCAUGUCGACCAUCUUCAGUAAGCCUUCAAACUUGGAUGGAGGAUUGAAAGAGCGAGAUGUCAGAUCGCAGCCCCACAACAACACGAUGGAAUCGUCGCAAUCGUCGGCAUCAAAACUUGACCCGAAGCGGAUGAAAGGGGAGAAAUCCAACCCGGUCAGCAAGGACAGCAAACAGAGAAAAAGUCCCACCAUCAAACCAGCGACAAGAUCGUUGAGUGCUGAAAAGGGAGACAAGAAAUUUGUCAAGUUUAAGUUGGAAAGUGAGACGAUAGAAGAUGUAUAUGGAAGGGAAGCAUACACAACCGCGCAGAAAGAGGAGGAAAUCCUUCUUCAUAAACAGCGCAAUGAACAGAUUGGUGACAUAUAUGCCAUCGCGGCUCUUCAUGCGCAGCAGGUAGAGAUCCGGCCUGUCACCUAA